AUGAUUCUGUUACGGUUAACACUGAGCUUAGUGCUUCUUAGAAGUACCACAAACUGUGCUUUUCUAAAGGGUUGCAACUAUGGCGGGUCCUGCGUGGACGAGAAAUGGAGAAACCACACUCAUUGGAACAUCAUUUGCAUGGAGUGGAUGGAACUUGAUGAAGGUGAUAUUGAUACCUGUCCAAAACCCUGGAAAUGCUGCCAUACUACGCAAUACGAAAAGAAGAUUCCAUAUCCAAAACACUAACCGUGAAGCCCUAAACUUUA